AUGGUAAAGGAGGAUGAGAGCGACUCCAAAGAAGGUUCUCAGAAAUUCUGCAUUGAAGUUGUCAUAAAAAACCUAGAGGCCUCGUCCGAUUACCAUCAGGAAGACGUCGAGUUGUCAUAUUUCAUAGGGGCCUAUGAGGAGCUGAAUAAGUUCAUCGGUCUUCUGGGAAAAAUAUUCCAUUUUGUGCAAGCAGAUGUUCGAGAGAAAACCAACAAGUUGCUCACUCUUCGCGAAAAGAAUCCGGAUUCUUACCGCAGUGUGAAGUCGAUGAUAACAUACGAGAACGAGCAACAGCACUAUCCUGGUUCAAAAGCGCUUCUUGGAUUGCAUCGAGCGCUGGAGUUCAUCGCAGCCUUUAUCGCCGCUCUAGCUGAAAGUACCAACGACGAUAGCGUGGCUUCAAUUUGUCGCAAAAGUUACGAGGGAACGCUAUCUAGGUUUCACAACUGGAUGUUGCGAAGAGCUGUCAGUUUGGCGUCCUACACUCUUCCAUCUCGUGGCCAGCUCAUCAUGUCCAUCCAUGGAGAUGUACCCGAGGAAGAUCAUGUUCGUACCAUUCUCACAAAUGUAUGCUAG